AUGCCGCGCCUCAAGAGGAAGUGCCCGAAAGAUCUUCCCUCCUGUGCUCUAUGCGUUCGGCUCGGGAAGAAGUGCCAGUACCCAGCCGGCCGCAAGGCCUAUGGCUCGCCCCAGGAAGAUCUGGAAGACAUGCAGUUCACAUCAAUGUCAACACCAACCUCGGCGUCUGAAGUUUCAACAUUUGUAGCUCCAUCUGCUUCCAACUUCCCGACUGCAUUCUUCCUGGAUGCAGACUUAUUCCAGCCGAUCUCUCACGACGCCUUGCGCUGCACAUCGGAAGUGCCCCCGUACAUCUCCGAGCUUCUUGGUCCCAACAUGAUGGCUAUCUGUGAAUCGUAUUUCGGCUCUGUUGACCUCUGGUUUCCAUUCGUCAGUAGAAAGAAGGUGAGACAAGACCUAGAAGCAGGUGUCUCGGCAGAAUUGGCCCUACUGCUGCUCUGCAUGAAACUUGUAUCAGGAUCUCCUGCAGCCGAUAACAUGCAUCAAUCUGCUACCGAAUCACCUACCUAUCAAGCUGCUCGAAGAUUUGCAAAUGCGUUGGAAAUCAUCAUUCCCACGUCUAUGCGUCUUUUCCAGUCUCUCGUGCUCAUAGCUCUCUACGAGAUUGGCCACGGCAUAUGUCCCACAGCUUACCUUACGAUUAGUCUUGCUGCAAGGCUCGGUCUUUUGAGAGGGGUGCAUGAUCGUAACAAUGCUACGCAACUCUUCCAGACUCCUCCAACUUGGACUCACUGGGAAGAGGAGCGAAGGACAUGGUGGGCAACUUCCAUAUUGGAGCGUUACAUGAACCUUGGCCCCACGGGAUUUCCCCUUGCUACCCCCGAGCCUGUUCAAGGCGAACUACUGCCUAUAUCAGACGCGGAAUGGUUCCGCGGAUCAAUAGGAACAAGCCAACCGCUUUACACGACAGGCUUCUCAACCGACUCGGAGAUUGGUCCUUUUGCGCGAACUUGUCAGGCUUCCCAUAUACUCGGUCGAGUGCUUGCGCAUAGGAACUCUCGAAAAGACUCCGUGAUUCAAAAGGAAACUCUGGAUCAGGCACUCCAGCUCGAAGCCACGUUGGGAGCCCUCGAUUCCCACCUUUCUCAGUCUACGGACGGCGGGUCGGCGAUUGUCGACCUAGCUCUUUGUACAGUCGCACGGCUGACUUUGUAUCAUGGCUACGCAUGCAUCCAACCCGGUGCCAGAGGGGAGAGGUUACCGGAGGAAAGCAAUAUGCAAAAUGCUUCGAUACGCGGGUUGAAGCAAAUCAUAUCGACACGCGGCCCAAUGAUCGCCACCUUUGUCAUUCAGCAGGCCGCAAUUGACCUCAAUAGUCUGAGCCCACUUGCGAUCCAAGUUCUGUACGACAUUGCCACUGAAUGCCAGUGGUUCGUCCGCGAGGGCGAUGUUGCCGAUGGCGCAGACACGACCCUGCAAUUGGCCAUGGAAGCUUUGAUACUACUUUCGCAGCGGUGGACAGUGGCAGGUGCGUAUUGCUUUCGUCAAAAGUGA